GAGCAGAUCGAGCUAUAGGGUUUUGGAGCGCUUCGCUUUGCACAGUCGAGUGAACUGGUGAGGAACGAUACAGUACACUACAGUAGAAAAAUAGUGGGGGAGACGAGAGUAAACAGCCACCUUAGACGCACACCUGCCAUCCUUAUCAAACCAUAACCUAUCGGCUGCCGUAUAAGGGUGUCUUUGAGUCGCCUGCAGCGCAGAAAGAGUACUCAUAUUUUGAGAAAAAUCUGGCUACAUACCGCGCAGGAGGAUCAUAACAAGCAAAGGAGCAGCCGUGAGAGAAGCACGAGAUACGGAGACAUGGCUGUGACAACCUGUACACGAUUCACGGACGAAUUUCAGCUAUAUGAAGAGCUGGGAAAGGGAGCCUUUUCAGUGGUGCGCAGAUGUGUCAAGCUGUGUACUGGACAGGAAUAUGCCGCCAAAAUAAUCAACACCAAAAAGCUAUCUGCAAGAGAUCACCAGAAGCUAGAGAGAGAGGCCCGUAUUUGUCGCCUGCUCAAGCACUCCAACAUCGUACCAUGGCGACGGAAGGCUCAGGUUCCUGGGUCUGGCCUCGUUCGUCUUCAUGACAGUAUAUCAGAGGAAGGCUUCCACUAUCUCCUGUUUGACUUGGUGACUGGAGGGGAGCUGUUCGAGGACAUCGUAGCCAGAGAGUACUACAGUGAGGCUGAUGCCAGUCACUGUAUCACUCAGAUUCUAGACAGUGUUCAUCACAUUCACCAACAUGACAUAGUGCACAGGGACCUGAAGCCAGAGAACCUGCUCCUGGCCAGCAAAUGCAAGAAUGCUGCCGUCAAGCUGGCUGACUUUGGCCUGGCCAUCGAGGUACAGGGGGAUCAGCAAGCCUGGUUUGGAUUUGCUGGCACACCGGGAUACCUGUCCCCUGAGGUUCUGAGAAAGGAGGCAUAUGGCAAACCUGUGGACAUCUGGGCCUGCGGGGUGAUUCUGUAUAUCCUGCUGGUGGGCUACCCUCCCUUCUGGGACGAGGACCAGCACAAACUGUACCAACAGAUAAAAGCAGGGGCAUACGAUUUUCCCUCCCCAGAGUGGGACACAGUCACUCCAGAGGCUAAGAACCUGAUUAACCAGAUGUUGACCAUCAACCCUGCCAAGAGGAUCACCGCCCAGGAGGCCCUCAAACAUCCAUGGGUCUGCCAACGAUCUACAGUGGCAUCCAUGAUGCACAGACAGGAGACCGUGGAGUGCCUGAAGAAAUUCAACGCCAGGAGGAAACUCAAGGGGGCCGUUCUCACGGCUAUGCUGGUUUCACGGAACUUCUCUGUCGGCUGUCGCUCCACCGCUCCAAUCAGUAUCACUGCUGCUGCGGCAGCUGCAUCCGCGGCAGCGGGCUCCACCACUGGGCUGGUGGAACAAGCAGCCAAAAGUUUGCUCAACAAGAAGGCAGAUGUCAAGAAACGUAAGUCCAGCUCCGCUGUGCGGCACAUGCCCCAGACACCACAGACAAACAGCACCAAAAACAGCAUAGUCACCAGCCCUAAAGGAAACGUCCCUACUCCUGUUCUGGAGCCUCAGACCACUGUUAUCCAUAAUCCAGUGGAUGGGACUAAGGAGUCAUCUGACAGCAGCAACACUGUGGAGGACGAAGAUGUCAAAGCACGCAAACAAGAGAUCAUCAAGAUCACUGAACAGCUGAUCGAGGCUGUCAACAAUGGAGACUUCGAGGCAUACGCUAAGAUCUGUGAUCCUGGUCUGACCUCCUUUGAACCUGAGGCCCUGGGCAACCUGGUGGAGGGAAUGGACUUCCACAGAUUCUACUUUGAGAACCUCCUGUCUAAGAACAGUAAGCCUAUCCACACCACAAUCCUGAAUCCCCACGUCCACCUGAUUGGAGAGGACGCUGCCUGCAUCGCCUACAUCCGCCUCACCCAAUUCGUUGAUGGCCAGGGCCAUCCGCGCUCCAGCCAAUCAGAGGAGACUAGGGUAUGGCACCGCCGGGACGCUAAGUGGCAGAACGUUCACUUCCACUGCUCGGGUGCGCCUGCCGCGCCACUCCAGUGAGGAGUAGAAUGCCAUAGCCACAGCUAACAAGAGUGCUCUGCUGGAGAGAGAUAGAGGGAGAGCAAGUCCAGUGUCGGGUGGCUCUGAGUCCGCAGCGCCAGACGUCUCCCACACUAGAUACCUAGCAUGCAUCUCUUCUUUACGACUACCUGUCGCCACCCGCCACUGUACCCACUGACAACCAUCUCAACAACCAACCAACCAUCCGACAACAAUCUAUUGUUUUUCCAUCAACAACCCCCUUCUCCCCCUCAAGCCCAAACUUUGGACAACUCACGUUUUGCCCCUUUUCUCCAAUCCCAACUCCUCCAACCCAACCACUGCCACACCUAUGGCCAAUAUUGGGCUGUGGGUAGGGAGUGUUUCAAGGGGUAUGUAUGUUGGGGUGUUUUCUUGGCCUCAUUGUGCAUUUGAUUCUUUGUCUUAUGUCACAUGAUGUUCCCUCUUCUUCCUCUUGUGAAUCUUCACUUGUGUUGCGUAACACUACACAGGAAAUACAGUAUGUAAAGUUUUAAGUAAAAUCUAUUAUUAUUAUGAUUAUUAAUAUUACACAAUUGAAAUUGUAUAUGUAAUUUGUAUAAUUCAAAUGAUUGAUGCCAGUGGUUUCUAGAGUUGAAGGAAAUAUUUUGUUUUCUCUAUCUUUUUAAGGAAGCAUGUUGUUUUUCAGUAUUCACAGUGGCUGUUUUCUAUUGUGGCUUUUAAGUGACAAAAUGGUAUUGGCAGUUUUUGUAUAAGCUUCUUGUAAUUUAAUCUAUUCUAUUAUACUAGACCAAAGCUCAUGUUUAAGAAAAAAAACUUUUGGGAGGAGGGGGGUGUUUGACGUGGUGUGGAGGAAGCGUGUGUGAACGUUAGAAGUGUGUGCGUGUGUGUGUGUUUCUGUGUGCACGUGCGUGUGUGUAUGUGUGUGUGGAACCAAGUACAUGGGAGUGUAUUAGGUGGCCGGUUUGAUCAACUGGUUUGAAUUUUCAGCUUUGUAAUGUGAAUAGCUGGAAAUGGGGUUGGCUUGGUUUGGUGUCUUCCGUCGUCCGGUCACAAUCAACUGUACGAAACGAGAUUCAACAGUAACAGAGGCUUUUAUUGUAUUUCACAUUAAUCAUGUUUUUGCCUUUUUUGUGUUUAUUAUUAUUAACAUAUCUCAGAGGAUAGACCUACCGGUUCUCUCUUACUCUCUGGUGUUGGCCGUUGGUGUGUGGGAAGGCUCUGUGAUCCCCAGUGCUCCCGGUGGUUCGACUAGAUAUUGCAGUACACUGCACUGCACACACUGCAAAUGAGGCCUCUAUAGAACUUUACAGCCGCUGUAGAACAAGUGAAUAAACAAUACCACAGCAGUA